AUGAAAGAAAAUUCAAAAGCUGUAAAGACAGCAAAGGUACCUCUUACUCUAGAAAAGGACUUGAAAGAGUGGGAGAUUACCGAAAUUUUCAUAAAGGAAAUACGCGGAUUGAUUCCAGCCCAUUGCUUCGAACGCGACACUUUACGUUCGUUCGCCUACCUCUUCCACGAUUUCUUUUUUGUCGGAAUACUGGCCUACGGGGCUAGCUGGAUUGAUACCUUUUCUUCUGAUCCACUCCGCCUUGUUCUUUGGUCUGCUUACUGGUUUCUGCAGAGUAUUGCCAGCAGUGGUCUGUGGAUGAUAUGUCAUGAAUGUGGCCAUCAAGCAUUUAGCUCCUCAAAGUUGAUCUCUGAUGGAGUUGGUCUGAUUGUACACACCUUCUUGCUAGUUCCCUAUUACUCUUGGAAGUUUACUCAUGCUAGACAUCAUAAUUCUGUUGGUCAUGUAACUAGAGACAAGACUCAUACUCCUAGACUGCGAUCAGCCUUGGGCCUACCACCCUAUGAUGAGGACACUGAAGCUGAUGGACCCCACAGUGUUUUUGAGAGCUCACCUUUGUUCAAUUCAUUGAAACUCGUUGGAUUUCUUUUGGUUGCUUGGCCCUUUUACGCUUUGUUCAAUAAUCCUGGAGAUACCACCAAGGAUCGAUGGGUUUCUCACUUCAAUCCAGCUAGUUUCAUAUUUCAAAGGAACCAGUACUGGAAGGUAGUCCAAUCCACUGCUGCUGUUGGAGUCAUGGUUGGGGUCCUGAUUCGUGCUGGACAGAUCUGGGGUUCACUUGCCGUCGUUAAGUUUUAUGUGGUUCCAUACUUUCUUGUGCACGCCUGGAUGGUCGUCAUCACCUAUUUGCAGCAUACCAGUCCUGAAAUACCUCACUACGACACCGAUGUCUGGAGUUUCCAGCGUGGUAUCGCGCUCACGGUCGACAGGUCCUACGGUCCCAUACUCGAUCAUUUCUUCCACCACAUCGGAGACACUCAUCUGGUUCAUCAUCUGGUGGCGACCAUGCCUCACUAUCACUGUAUCGAGGCUACUGAGCAUGUAAAAAAGGCUCUCGGAAAGUAUUACCUUCAAGACAAUACUCCAAUAAUCAAGGCUUUGUUUGAAAAUUGGACCAAGUGUAAAUUUGUAGAAGAUGAAGGAAGUGUUCGCUUUUACAAGAACUAG